GAGCCAAAAUCCACAAUCCUCCACCACGGUUCGAUCCCCCAAACAACCCUGUCCACAUAAUAACAAACGACAUCGAGUCCACGACAUCGUCAAAACUGAAAUCUCGCCACUGUGACGUUCCGCGAAACAAUGUUGCUUUCUACACCGUUUAUAUGAAAUUUCUCACGACAUUGUUCUAUAUUAAACACUAUCGUUUUCUAAUCCGCGGUGUUGUUGAUACCUCCCGCGGUGUCGUUUUCAAUUAAACAACAUCGUCUAAAAUAAUCUUUAAAAUAUUAAUUAAUUAAACCGGUCAUCAUUGUUGACACACCGUCAAACCCUCACUUCGCGACGCCGUUCUUAGUUAAACAACAUCGUUUCUAGUCCUGCGAUGUUGUUGAGCUUCGCGAUGUCGUUUAAUCUUUUUGCGACAUCAUUUUUCACUAAUCCAUGCCGACCUUGCCAAAUUCACAGCCACAACUCAGCUGCUCCGGCCCGGUCCCAUCAAAUAGUGUCGUUCUUCAUCCGCGACAUUGUUCUCUACCAAACGGUGACGUUUUCUCGUCUUGCGCUGUCGUUGGGCUUGACGGGCUGCCCUCACCAAAAUCCUACCCGUUGUGGUAUAGGUUUUUAAUUAAACGGCGUCGCUUAGUAAUACCGCGACACUGUUGAGGCCUUUAGCGGUGUCGUUUUUAGCUAAACAGUGUCGUCCAAAAAAUAAAUAUUAAAAUAUAUAAUUAGUUGAGCUGGCCUUUCUCGAGAUCUCGGCCAACACAAAGUCAUUUUUGAAUUAAACCCUGACGGUGUUGGGAUUUUGUUUGCCAGUUUUGCGGCAUUGUUGAGAUUUCGAUGAUGUCGUUGACCUCCGCGACAUCGUUAAAUCUCUCUGCGGCAUUGCUUAUCACUAAACGGUGUCGUUUCUCUCCUCUUCCGACUAGGAAUAAAAAAAAACACUCAUUUUCCAAUAGUAAUACCAGCAUUGACUGAACGGUGUUGUUUCUCUCCUCUUCCGACAAGGAACAAAAAAGCACUUUUUUCCAACCGUAAUACCAGCAUUGACUGAACGGUGUCGUUUCUCGCGACAUUGUUUUUUUUACCAAAUAACGUCGUUCCCAACGCCGCGGUACCGUCGGGCCCAUUCGCGGUGUCGUUUAAAUUCUCCGCGACAUUGCUCCACUCCAAACGACACCGUUUUUUGUCAUGCGGUAUCGAAUUAAAUGCCGAGACUAAUUAAUGCGGGGCAUUUAAUUAACCCAAAAUAAUUUUAAGGUGUCAACACCAGCAAACAUCAUCAUCAAAUAGUGGCGAGUCCUGGAUCCAAUCAGUUGGGUGGAAAUGUCUAACAAAAAUGACUCUAGUUUUCAAUUUGGAACCAAUGGUUUGAUUAAUAAGCAAUUGCUAAUUAUGAAGCCACUGUCAACAGUUUCUAAUGUCGUCGACGAUUUAUUGCAUAUGAACAAGAAAUCCGGGUUAAUGAAAGUAACAAGAAGGUUCAAACCUUGACAUGGGUCGUAAUCAUUAAUACUCCAAUGAGUCUAAAGAAAGUGAUCAUGGUCAAGUUUUCGCAAAUAUAGAAGAUUGAAUAAGGAACAAUUAGAGGAAGUUAGCCCACAAGUUGGAACCCUAAAAAUUGUUGAAUAUGUAUCUGAGUGAAGUUCAAGUGGAGACACAAACUGAAGUUGGAUAUAGUAGUGAAGGAAGCAAUGUGAGUCAUAUUGCUCUUGGAUUCACUCGUGAAGAGAUGAACAAACUCAUAUGCAUGCUGCAAAUUGGUGCUAACAUCACUGUACCCAACAACAACACGCUUCAAUUCUCACCAACCUCAACUUGUAUGUGUCACCAAGCAUAUUAUGAUUUCCCAUAUUUAUCAUAUUUUCCAAAAUACUCGAGUAAAUAUGUCAUUUCUCUUUUUUCCAACCAUGACAGUAACCAUCUAAUGCAUUUUUUUUAAUCUUAGAAACAAGUGCAUCGUAUUAUAUUUUUUGCUCUCUUGAACUCUAUAUGUGUUAGUUAUAGAGAAAUUUUGAAAGCUCCUAGUUACUCAUGUAGAGUCUGUCAAGCUACCUUAUGGGAUUUGUACAAUGUCCUUCUCGUACCUAGUUUUCCCUCUAAUAUGGUGUUUGCAAGUCGUCUCGCACAUAAUUUCCCUUUAGCCUUGCACUUUCAUUCUAAUCUUAGUAAAACUCUGAACCUUCUAAAUACGACGAUAAUUGGUUUAGCAAGAGAAAAUAACUAUCAGCUUACCUUUCCCAAGCAGCCACAUAGUAAAAAAAAAAUAUUCUACACUCGCAAGCAGCCACCACCAUCAAUUUCAACUCACACCAAGUUGACCAUUGACUUUGAAGAUUAGGACAUCCUAGUAAUGAUAGGAUUUUAUUUUCCAAAAUAUUGAUUCCUUUGUAACCAAUUUUAGAGUUGAUCAUUGUGAUAUAUGUCAUCUACACAAACAUAAAAUACUUAUUAUCCCUAUUGCAUUAAUGAUGCAACUGAAAAUUUUCUAUUGAUUUAUGUUUAAUAUGUGCCUGUGGUGCCUUUUAUUAUUGUCUCUUAUGGUGGAUAUGAUUAUUUCUUUACUUGAUUGUUCGUGAGUUGUAUCGGUGUAUCUUAUGAAACAUCAAAGUGAAAACAAGGGAAUUGCUUUAAAGGGGUCGUUUGGAUGGAUCAAUUGUAAAACGAGCAAUUUGACCAAUUGUUUCAUUUUAUAAAAUGAGUCAUUUAAAACGAGUCAAUUCAGAUUACCUGCCCCCACCCAGACAAUAGUAAUUGGCUCAACGGAUCAAUCCAUAUUUUCUGCUGCCAAACGGAUCAAUCUGACACAAUUGUCUCAAAACGAGACAAUCCAUUGGAAUUCCACGAAGGUUUAUCAUUUGAUGUAAAUUAAUUUGGUAUAAUUACUAAAAUAACAAAAAGUGACAAGGGCAAAGAAUUCCAUAUGAGUGAGUUUUACAUGGAAGAAGUAAUGGAACGCCAAAUUUUCUAUAUGUAUACUUCACAAUGAAAUUCCAAGCUCAUGAGGAAGCACCGGGACGUUCCAAAUAUUGUUAGGUCUCCCUCAUAUGUUCUAGUCUCAUAUCCCAUUAUCGUACGAGAUUGAUUGUGUUUCACGUUCCAUUUACUUAGACAAUAGAUUUCUUACUCCAAUUCUAGGCAACAAAUCACCAUGUGAAUUCUUGUACAAGAAGCCACCAUUUUAUUGAGAAUUUGAGUGUAUUUAAAAGUCUAGUUUAUACUAGUCCUUUUUUAUGGAAGACCUAAGUUUGCUCCUCAAACAAGCCAACAAAUUUUGUUAGGAAUGUUGUCAAUGCUUAAGGGUUACAAAUUAUUGAAUCUUGAAGAUAGCAAGUGUAUGUUUUUAGGGAUGUAGUAUUCUAUGAAUCAAAUAAAAUAUUUUUAGUAAUCAAACGUGAAACCUUUUAAUAAUCAGAGCGACUGAACUUGCAAUUUGCCCUAAGAAAUUGUGAAUUUGUGAUAGAACUAGGUCGUUUAGCACCAAAACGACAAGCCCCGUAAAUUGGCCACUAGCCGCCCCACUUGGAUGGCCUUCCGGUGCCGGUGCGGUCUCUUCCGGCUUCCGCCGCCUCCCUUGUCCUUCCCUACCAGUCAGUCAGAACCAGAAAAACAAAAUAAGAGCGAAAUCGGCUGCUGGGUCUCGGAAAUCAGAGGAUCCAAUUCCAACCAGCCAUGCCUCGCCACAAAGACGAGCUCCCUGCAGUUCGCGUUUACACUGUCUGUGACGAAUCUAGAUACCUGAUCGUAAGGAACGUACCUGCACUGGGUUGCGGCGAUGACUUGCAGAAGCUAUUCGCCUCCUAUGGCGACGUUGAAGAGCUAAAACCGAUGGACGCAGAAGAUUGCGAGCCAUUUACAGACGUGUACUGGAUCAAAUUCGGUUUGGUUAGCAAUGCCAGGUUUGCGAAAAGGAAGCUGGACGAGCAUGUCUUCUUGGGGAACAAAUUGCAGGUUUCGUAUGCUCCACAGUUUGAGAGCCUCUCAGAUACCAAGGACAAGCUACAAGGCAGAACUAAUCAAGUUCUUGCUCGACUCAACCGGGCUGGAAAAUCUCCUAUCCAGCCUCCCAAUUCCUCUUCUCACCCACUAUCUAACUCCAAUCGAACCCGGGAUGUACGAGAAUUGGAAGGCUUUCCCCGGGCAAAUGAUCCACCCCUGAAAAGGGUUUCUUCUGACCAGGAUUACUUCCCAUCUCAAUCCAUGAACGAGACGGUUAAUUUGGUCAGGAAGAAGCUCGAUAAGAUACAGUCAAGUUCAGACCAGCAAGCUGGAACUGCACCUAAGAAGUUACGAGUGGACAACAGAAGACGAAUCUAGAUGCUGCUGCUUAGUCAAAUUUGUUUGUGAUUGUUACUCGUGCAUGCCAAUAUCAGUGUCUCAUAAACAGACGAUUUGGUUCUUGUUAAGCUUUGCUUCAAUCCCUGACCCCAAUACACGGUUGUAACCUACUCACAGAAACUAGACUCAUUUUAAAUGCCACAGUUCAAGAAGUUGUACAGUUGCCCAAUCUCUAGUUUCUGCAUUUUCUAUGGCAUCAUAUGAACUUGCAAAUCAACCUUACUGCUAAGGCUAACAUUGUCUCCAAUGGCAGAAACUCAGAAGAGCCUUUUUAUCACCAAAGCUAUAUAACAGCAGAAUGGCUACCUUCUUUCCAUGGUUUUAAAAACAAGCACUCUUGACAGUUUCCAUAAUAGAGGGGGGUAAAAGAU